AUGUCUUCGGAGUCAGGACAGGACAAAGAAAGGCUGGUUCAAGCUGCCAAAACAUUCUUUUUUCAUGUGCAAGCUUUUGCUUCCUUUACAAACACACUUACCAAAUUGUUUAACAGCGGUAUGAACAAUUGGAUCACCUGGUUGGCUGUGAAAGAAGAUGGUUAUAUUAAGGAUGUCUUUAAACACAUUCUCAUAAUUUUUAAGGAGACACAAUCUGUAGUGGAUGCAGAGGAUGACAAAAUGCAAAAGAAACCUUUAUUUUUCAGGAUUGGAACAGCUAUGGGUGAGAAGAGUGCCAAUGUAAAGAAGUUGCAUGAGUCAGCUAAAGAAGGAUCCAGAAAUGUCCAUGUACCACCUACUAUCUCUUGGGUGAAUAGUGGUAACAUCCCUGGGAUUUUGGAAUCUUUUCUUUCACUCUUGAUGAAGCAUCCCAUUAUGAAUCUUCAAUUAAGUGACUUCUGUAGAAACGACACCAAAGCACAACCAGAUGCUACCACAUCUGAGAAAAGCCCAACGGCAGACCCGUCCAAAACCAUUAUAGUAGACAAUGUGAAAAAGUUGCAGGGUGCAUUAGAAACCGAGACUACGAAGAAUAUUGAGUUAGCCACAGAGCAGUUGGAGCAAAUUAUCAAAACUGUGCGACCAAUCUGAGAGAUCCUCCAAAAAGCCCUAAAAACUGUGGAAAUGAACAUUUCUUGGAUUAAGAAAGCCAGACUAAUAGGAGUGCAACAGAAAGGCUCAUUUCUGUCAUAA